AUAAAAGCGUGUUUGUUGACGUCAGCGGCCUCUUCCCUGCCUGUGCCCCUCGUGAGGUGGGCAGUGUAAAGUUGUCUUUCUCCUCUAAGAGAAUCCAAAACCAUCGGUCAAAAUGGUGAACUUUACAGUAGACCAGAUCCGUGCCAUCAUGGACAAGAAGGCCAACAUCCGUAACAUGUCUGUGAUUGCGCACGUGGACCACGGAAAGUCAACUCUGACGGACUCGCUGGUGUCGAAGGCUGGUAUCAUCGCCUCCGCCCGUGCUGGAGAAACCCGAUUCACAGACACUCGCAAAGAUGAACAGGAACGCUGCAUUACCAUCAAGUCCACUGCCAUCUCUUUGUACUAUGAACUGGCCGAAAAUGAUUUGGCCUUCAUCAAGCAAAGUAAAGACGGCUUUGGUUUCCUGAUCAACUUGAUUGAUUCCCCUGGGCACGUCGAUUUUUCAUCUGAGGUGACCGCUGCUCUCCGUGUCACUGAUGGAGCCCUUGUGGUGGUGGACUGUGUAUCUGGUGUUUGUGUGCAGACUGAGACUGUGCUGCGUCAAGCCAUUGCUGAGCGCAUCAAGCCAGUCUUGAUGAUGAACAAAAUGGAUCGUGCCUUGUUGGAGUUGCAGCUGGACCCCGAAGAGCUCUACCAGACCUUCCAGCGCAUUGUUGAGAAUGUCAACGUCAUCAUUUCUACCUAUGGAGAGGAUGAGGGUGGACCCAUGGGUAACAUCAUGAUUGACCCAGUCAUCGGUACGGUUGGCUUUGGUUCUGGACUCCAUGGCUGGGCCUUCACCCUCAAGCAGUUUGCUGAAAUGUAUGCUGCCAAGUUUGCUGCCAAGGGCAACACUCAAAUGACACCAGCUGAGCGUUGCAAGAAGGUGGAGGACAUGAUGAAGAAGCUGUGGGGUGACAGGUAUUUUGAUCCAGAUUCUAAUAAGUUCAGCAAAUCAGCUACUGGACCAGAUGGCAAAAAGUUUCCUCGUACCUUCGCUCAGCUUAUCCUGGAUCCCAUCUUCAAGGUGUUUGAUGCCAUAAUGAACUUCAAGAAAGAGGAGACAGCCAAACUUAUUGAAAAGCUUGACAUCAAGCUUGACAGCGAAGACAAGGAAAAGGAGGGCAAGCCCCUGCUGAAGGCUGUGAUGCGUCGCUGGCUGCCUGCUGGAGAAGCCUUGCUUCAGAUGAUCACCAUCCACCUGCCUUCCCCUGUCACUGCCCAAAAGUACCGAUGUGAGCUGCUCUAUGAAGGACCUGGAGACGACGAGGCUGCCAUGGGUAUUAAGAACUGUGACCCCAAGGCCCCCUUGAUGAUGUACAUCUCUAAAAUGGUGCCUACCAGUGACAAGGGUCGUUUCUAUGCUUUCGGACGUGUGUUCUCCGGCAGUGUUUCAACUGGCCUGAAGGUGCGCAUUAUGGGACCAAACUUCACCCCUGGAAAGAAGGAAGAUCUGUACCUCAAACCCAUUCAGAGGACAAUUUUGAUGAUGGGCCGCUAUGUUGAGCCCAUUGAGGAUGUGCCAUGUGGUAACAUUGUGGGUCUGGUCGGAGUGGACCAGUUCCUUGUCAAGACUGGAACCAUCACCACCUUUGAACAGGCCCACAACAUGAGGGUGAUGAAGUUCAGUGUCAGCCCUGUGGUGAGAGUGGCUGUGGAGGCCAAGAACCCUGCCGACCUGCCUAAGCUGGUAGAGGGCCUGAAGCGUCUGUCCAAAUCAGAUCCUAUGGUGCAGUGUAUCAUUGAGGAAUCUGGUGAGCACAUCAUUGCUGGAGCGGGAGAAUUGCACUUGGAGAUCUGCCUGAAAGAUCUGGAGGAGGAUCACGCUUGCAUUCCUCUGAAGAAAUCUGACCCCGUCGUGUCCUACAGAGAGACAGUCAGUGCAGAGUCAUCUGUCAUGUGUCUGUCUAAGUCCCCAAACAAGCACAACCGUCUCUUCAUGAAAGCCCGUCCCUUCCCAGAAGGCCUGGCUGAAGACAUUGAGAAGGGUGAUGUCACAGCUCGUCAGGAGCUCAAGACCCGUGCCCGCUACCUGGCUGACAAGUAUGAGUGGGAGGUCACAGAAGCCCGUAAGAUCUGGUGCUUUGGUCCUGAUGGAACCGGUCCCAACCUGCUGGUGGAUGUCACCAAGGGAGUGCAGUACCUUAAUGAAAUCAAGGACAGUGUCGUGGCUGGCUUCCAGUGGGCCACAAAGGAGGGUGCCCUGUGUGAGGAGAACAUGCGCGCGGCUCGCUUUGACAUCCAUGAUGUGACCCUGCAUACUGAUGCUAUUCACCGUGGUGGUGGCCAGAUCAUUCCCACAGCCCGCAGAGUCUUGUAUGCUUGCCAGCUCACAGCUGAACCCAGGCUUAUGGAGCCAGUCUACCUGGUGGAGAUUCAGUGUCCUGAACAAGUGGUGGGAGGAAUCUACGGUGUGUUGAACAGGAAACGUGGCCACGUAUUUGAGGAAUCUCAUAUCUUGGGAACCCCAAUGUUUGUUGUGAAGGCCUACCUGCCUGUCAAUGAAUCAUUCGGUUUCACAGCUGAUCUACGCUCCAACACUGGUGGCCAAGCCUUCCCACAGUGUGUCUUUGACCACUGGCAGGUGCUUCAGGGAGACCCACAAGAACCAUCAUCCAAGCCCGCUCAGAUUGUUGCUGAAACCCGUAAACGCAAGGGGCUCAAAGAAGGCAUCCCUGCCUUGGACAACUAUCUGGACAAAAUGUAAAAGGCCCACUUCUUCACCACCUUAUUCCUCCCCUCCUAUUAAAUUUCCUCCACAUUGUGGGACAGGACUGUACAGUACACCAUGCGCACUGUUUGCCAAAAGGAUUGACAUUGAACAACUAGAAAAAUUGUAAACCAUAAAUAAAGGAAAAUAAAAAUUG